GGAUGUUAGUAGAUCAGAUUAGUAGGUUAGUAGAAGUAGACAGAUAGUGUUAGUAGUAUUAGUAGGUAAUUGCUGUUGCCGUGUAUAGUGUUGUUGAUUACAAUCUCAAUUAUUAGUCACUAUUACAUUUCAAUGAUACCAUUGUUAACCAUUGUUAAUGCAGGGAUUCGUCUGGUCUGGUGCGGACAUUCUACAGUGAUAUGAUUUGAUAUAGAACAUGUCGCCACGUCUCAACAACACACGGACUGAACGGUUUGAUUUGAUUUGAUUUUAAAAGUUUAAUUAUUCUGAAUAUUUUAGUAAAUUGUUAGGUAAUAAAGGUACUUCAAGUAUCAUUCUUGCCAAUGAAGAGUCCAGUAGAAGUGCUGUUUACUACGUCAUCAGAUCAUGACGUCCUGUUAUUAAGAGUUAACUGUUGUUGGGUCUUUUCAUUUACCCCGUGCUUUAUGCCCUCAUCCUCUCCUCAUGACUCUGAGGGUGAGAAAGAGAGGAGAGAGGGAGGGUUGGCUGUGUGUGUGUGUGUGUGUGUGUGUGUGUGUGUGUGUGUAGUGCCGACUUUAGCACUUUGCAACAUGAUCCGUGCUCACAGGCCGGGCUCUGACUGCGGUCCUUCAGCAUCCAGCCCACUGCUCCACAUGGUGGCCGAAUAAGAAAAAGGGAAGGAGAGAUAGAAGGGGGAAUGGUGAGUGAAGGAAGAAGGUGGGCCGUUUCUCUGGGACUACAUCAAGACAAAGCCAAGGCAAAGAUGAAGGAGGUGACGGGAAAUUGUGAUGCUGCUGCUACUGCUGCUGCUACUGCUGCUGCUACUGCUGCUGCUGCUGCUGCCGGUCGUGGUCUGCGUCAAACCUCCGGCUGCUCCAGGAGAUGAUGCCCUCGGUGUCUGUUAACGGACAUUCUCUGGUUUAUAGUGCGGCUCUGUGAACAGCCUCGGUGCCGGGCCCACCUAGGAUCUGUGGUCAACAUGAGGCAGGGACAGUGAUGGUCAGCCCGUGUCCAGCCGCCUCGUGCCCCUCAGCAUCUGCAUUGUAAGAAGAGAGUGCCCCCAGAGGAGGGUAAAUGUGACUAAAAUGCAGAGGUAAUACAACGACAACAGCGUGUUGUGGUUUGAUCAUCUGGACAGAGCUACAGUCGGAUUACGGGCUGUUGUUUUUGUCUUCUGCCGACAUGAAUUCGAUGUUUUUCUCCGACACUCCGCCCGCUCCGGUCUGUAACGGCCCGCCCGGGUCUGGCGCGGUGACCAGCGCCCUGCGAAACGACCUGGGCUCCAACAUCCAUGUGCUGAAAACCCUCAACCUGCGCUUCCGCUGCUUUCUCGCCAAAGUACACGAACUGGAGAGAAGGAACAAGAUCCUGGAGAGCCAGCUCCAACAGGCUCUGCAGAGGACACAGUACCGGCACCUCUACACCCGGGAGGUGGCGGUGCAGACGGACGGUCCCGAGUCACGACUGCCGGGAACCAUCUGGAGCUUCACCCACAUCCGGAGGCAAGGGGAGCGCUUCGAGACCCUGCAUGGGCCCGGGGUGACGUGGACUCACCCUGACGGAGUUGGAGUCCAGAUAGACACGAUCACACCAGAACUGAGGGCUCUGUAUAACGUACUGGCCAAAGUCAAGAGGGAGAGAGACGAGUACAAGAAAAGAUGGGAAGAGGAAGUGUCCAAACGGGAGCAGCUGGAGUCCACAGUGGAAACACUGGAGCAGAGUAUCCAGGACUCGUCAGAGAUCCAGAACGACCUGAAUGAGAAGGUGGACAGACUGAAGACUGAACUGGUGGUCUUCAAGAGUCUGAUGACCGACCAAAUGUCAGACCUGGACUCCCAGAUUCAGGAGAAAGCCAGACGCGUGGACAUGGACAUCUGCAGACGGAUCGACAUCACGGCCAAACUGUGUGACGUAGCUCAGCAGCGCAACUCAGAGGACAUGUCCAAGAUGUUCAACGUCAGUCCAGCCAGAUCGCUCCCAGAGAAGGUGAGUGACCGCCGCAGGAAGAGGUUUUUGAAACGCUCCACAGCGUCUGAUGAGGAGAGUUCAGAGAUGGACGCAGAGCCCACCCCCUCAGAGGAGGAGGCCCCCGGGUCGCUCAACAUCACAGACGAAAUGAAACGCAUGCUCAACCAGCUGCGCGAGACAUUUGAAAUCGACGAUGACUGUGACAGUCUGACGUGGGAGGAGAACGAAGAGACCCUGCUGCUGUGGGAGGACUUCACCAACUACAACGUGCCAUUUGCCAUCACUGCAGCAAACUGUACAGUGAACGGCCCCAGUGAAGCCAACGGCGAACCCGCUGAUCCGGACUCCCAGGAUGGAAGUCUUGGCAGCCUCAUUGAUGAAACAGAGUCUCUAUUUAAGACCAGAGAGCAGGAGUACCAGGAGACCAUCGGCCAAAUCGAGAUGGAACUGGCCACGGCAAAGAGUGACAUGAACCGACACCUGCACGAGUACAUGGAGAUGUGCAGCAUGAAGCGAGGCCUGGACGUCCAGAUGGAGACCUGUCGACGGAUGAUAAAAGGCGGCAGGAACUCUCCCUCCGUCAGCUCCGUGGCCAGCAGCGACUCAGGGAACACUGAUGAGAUCCAGGACGAGAACUCAGACAAGGACCCGGAGGCCGACGCCUCCGUUAGUGGUCCCGUCUCAUCCUGACCACGGUUGGUUGCCAUGACAACGUGUUCAGAGCUCCGUCCUGCUCCAACCUGGGUCUGUGAGACCUGGUCAGGUCCUGCAGCUCAGGCCCAGACCUGGUGCUUUUAUACAUUUUAGUCUGAGCGAAGCCCCCCCCCCUCCCCCUCCCCCUCACUGCUGCCUAACUGGACUCUUCCAGAAACUGAAAUGUUUUCAACUGGCUGAGGAGUAUUUUCUACUAAUUCUUACCCGUAUUACUGUCCUUUUUUUUCUAAAGGAAUUGAAAAUAGUACAUAUUGUGCUUCUUGUUCUGUGAACAAUGAAUCGUUGUCCACUGAGAAAUAAGAGUUUAAAAAAGUCAUUUAUCUUUGAGUUCUACUGAAGCUGUGGAAGGCUGGAGCCCAGCUCUGUUGGUUGGACUUUCUGGUUUGUUUGAGUGGAAGUGGAGAGAUUUACAGUCAGGCGGAACGGAGCGCAGCCUUUUUAACGCCUCAGUGAUCAUCACUACUGAAGUUCUAUGCAAUUUAGCUGGCCUUAUUUUUGGACUGGCUUCUCACUCUUCGUCACUCUUCAUCACCACCAGUACGGUUCCAGCCU